ACCUUAUCUACAUACCAACUGAUAUUAACUAACAAGUGACACUAAAGUAAAACUUAUUUUCAGACCAUAUAUUAUUUUUAAUUUUAUUUUUCCCAAUUAUGGCAUUCUCAACAUCAUUCUCUCAUGGCUCCUUCUCAACCACAUCAUCAUCAACAGCAACAACAUUCUUCACAAAAUCGAGACUUUUACCCGCUCGAUUAUCGCUAAGUAUCCGAGCCGUUAAAUCUUCAGAAGCAGCACCUAGUGACAAUCUUGCUCAAGACACUACCACAACUGCUCAACCCACUACCAAAGCUGCUCCCAAGCCCAAGAAACCUGUUUACUCCAUGAAAAAAGGGCAGAUUGUGAGAGUUGAGAAGGAAAAGUAUCUCAAUAGUGUAAAUUAUCUAUCGGUAGGGCAUCCACCUUACUACAAGGGCCUCGACUAUAUAUACGAAGACCGAGGCGAGGUGCUGGACUUGCGCGUAUUUGAGACGGGCGAAUACGCACUUAUUGCAUGGGUAGGAAUACCAACUGCACCAGCUUGGCUUCCAACUGACAUGCUUAUCAAGUCGGAUAAGCUCGAUUACGAGAGAAUAUAACAAGGAUGGGCAAUAUUAUUUCAGCUCAGUCCCAACAUCAGCUACAAUAAAG